AUGACGGCGCUCCCCCAAGUCGUACCUGCUAGCCGAAGGAGGCUCCUGAAUAUCCUCUUCACAGCCUCAUUGGCCCUCGUCAUUCUUGCCUGCUACACUCUGCUCAUUAUCCUCUACGUCCAGCCAAAACUGUACCGUAUCUCAUCCCUCGUCUAUGUAGACGGCUCUUCGUCCAUCAAGCCCUCGGUAGCCGUGAGUUUGAUCACCACGGUUCUCGCUGCCGCCACGUCUGCCUUCAUCACGCGCUGCGUCGAGCACUCCUUAUGGCUCAAGCUCGUUCCUCGCCUCGUUGGCAGCCCGCUGACUGUGCGUGAGACCCGAUCCCUUGCGCAAUGGACCGUCUCCCCUCUGGCGAGGCUCGCCUACGCCGUCAGCGGCGGGUUCUGGCUCAUCAGGAUGAGCGGCUUGCUGCUCCUCGCCGUCUACAUCGUGAGCCCCGUCCUCUUGGCGGGCAUUUCGCAGACGGACCUUGUCAAGGUCUCUUCCACCACCUCCUCCCACGCAGCAGAUUACUGGGCCCCUUGGAUCAACAGGGGAAACUAUCGCUCCCGUGGAGGCAGCGCGGGUGAUCUCGUCUUUGGCAUGGCCGUGCAAGCCUCCAACGGCAACUUCGCGCCACCAGUCGCUCCCGUGUGCGCCGACGACUCCUGCAGCGUCUCGACGACUUCGUCUGCUCUCCUCGCCACCUGUGAUGCCCGCACCAUGGCCAACACCAAGAACAUGGGCCUGCCGUCGUGCGGCGCCGGCACCACCGGGUCGGCCGGUGUCACCGACCUCUGCAGCAACAUCGUUCCGUCCAUGUGCGUCAACUUGACCUGCGGCGCGCCGUCCGUCUAUGCAAACUUCAAGACCGGGCUGGACUACAACUGCGAGUCUGGCUCCGACUCCUCCUCCAAGCCUACCGCAUGUAUCAAGUCUCCCGGAUCAUGGUCCGUCAUAUUCGGAGCCUGGGUAGGCGGCGCCGACUUUGGCGUCGGCAACAAAAACCUCAUCAACACGGUCAGCUGCCUGGUUCAGUAUGGCAACGUUACCAUCACCCAGAGAGGCGAGAAUCCCCCGCAGCUGGAUCGAAGCUCGUUCAAAAGGUCCCGAUAUCUCCUGGGCAACUAUUCAUCCCCAAUCUCCGGCGUGCGCACCUAUACAUGGGGCGAAAAUAACGCGACGUCGCCGUACUCCUUUACUCUGCGAGUUGUGGGCACUGGCUUCAACGACAUGUACCGAGAGCCGUUUGCUUCGGGGCUGUUAGGCGACGAUGCCUCCAACGACGCCCAACACGUCGCGCGCCAGAUCGAGCAGAACUUUGACUGGGCAACCAUGGGGGCCUUUGCGAGGAUGCCCAACGCCAGCGACGUGGUGACGACGAACCGCACCACCACCAGAGCAUACGUGUACAACCAGCUCGUGCUCUUGAUCCUUCUGGUGCCGCUGUUGGCGUCCAUGACGGGCACAUGGCGUCGUUGGAAGGCCGGCUCCGACGAUGAUGUUCUCGGAUAUGAUCCCGUGGCGAUUGCUACCCGCGGCCCAGUGGAGGGGGUUUCGCCUACCGCCUUUGUCGCGGACCACGAGUACAGGAAGGGCUGUGAUAAGCUGCGGCUAACCGGCCUCGAGGAGUCUGUAGUAGACCCGUACACGGGACAAAGCGGCACACGGGUUCGAUUUGUAGCUCAGCAGUAG